UAAUGACCAGCGCUGUCUCUGAAGUAUUCAAGAUACAGGUCUGGAUUUUCAACUUAUCACCGUUUACUAAUCAACUCAACUUCAACCAAUAAUCAGACUUACCCAUAAGUUAAAGAUAUUCAUUCAUUCUUAUGUGUGAAUGGAUCAAAGAGAACCUAAUAGAAAGGUUGGAUCUCUGAAGUCUACUUCUUCUCUUGUUGAACUGGCUAGUAGUACGAAGCACAAUACUACCCAUCCACCAUUUACUAAAGGUUCAUCAACCGAAACGUAUACAACCACCAAAUCAGGAGAUGGUUCGUCACUACGUACAUCUUAUCACCAACCACUACCAACAUCUCCAGAGUAUCCGACAAGUAUAUCAUCAAACCCUUCUCGCUCCUCAUUUCUCUCACGUCAAGUAUCUUUUGAUCAAGGAGGAGAAGGUCGCCUUUCUUCAACACAGGUUAAACAACGUUUAAAAGCUUAUCUACUUAAUCGUCGUCGUGGUCGUGUUUUAAAUAAUCGACAUUGGAGAACAGAUGGCAAAUUACCUGGUUCAUCACAAAAUCCCUUUAUAGAAUCAGACUUUGAUGAAAAUUUGGAACAUUCAGGCAGUGAUUCAGGUCAUCAUGGAAUGUCGCAUAUAGUCGAUCACUGGCACAGUGCAGAUUCACCUUCUUUCAGUGAAUGGGAUUUAGCUGAUGAAAAUCUACUGGUACAUCAACAUCAUUCAUUAGAUUUGGAUAUGCAAAGAAAAUUAACCGAUUUCCAUGCUUCUAUUAAUUCUACAUGUCUUUCAUCAAAUUUACAACCAAUUUCUUAUUCAUCAUCACUUUCUCAAUCUGCCCAUAAAUUGUCUUUCAAUUCUGUAAAUAUUAAAAAUUUCAACAAAGAACAUGGAACUAUUGGUAUUGUUCAUGCUAACCCUAACACUGGGAUUGAUGAACAAGUGCCGAAUUUUGGAACAUUAGAAAAAUCUAAUCCAUUUUUAGAACAAUUAAAAAAUUAUCAUUUAAUUUCAAAAUAUGAUAAUCAUUUAACUAAUGAACAAAUACAAACAAUGAUUGCAUUAUUGAAAAUAAUCAGUCAAUCUAGACGACAAAUAAAAAAGUCAUCAUCUCAAUCAAUCAAUUUAGAUGAGAAAUUAGAAAAUGACACAGACCCACAGCACCAACGACAUUCAGUUCAUUAUGAUGAAUGUGAUUCCAGGCAGUUUGAAGAAUAUCUUCCUCUCUCCGAUGUUGGUGCAAAUGUGAAUUAUCAUGAAGCACUAUCCGUACUUGUAAAACUAUGCCAAGAAGCAUCGUCACCAAUUCCAGUUCAACCAAAUAUUCCUGAAUCUCAACACAGAAAUCCUGUAAAUAAAUCUCAUUCCUUCUGUGCAUCAAGUCAAAUGGAUUGGGAGAGUCAAUUAUCAUUAAACUCUACUAAAUCUAACUUGAUUUACAAUUCCGUGUGGAAUCCAUUUUCUCAACAAAGUGUAUCCAUACAUACAAAUGAUGGCGGUCGCAAUGAUAAUGAAAAGUGUGAUGUUGGUCACAUCGAUAAUGCUACACCCACUGUUCCUACUAUCAAUAGCACUAAAACUAAUGCGGACAACAGUUCAUCCAAUCUAUAUUAUCAAUCUCAUAAAUUAGCAUCAGAUAUCUGGUCGGCUUUACCUGAAAAUGAUUGGCUUUCACAGAGUUAUCAUGUAGACAUGACAACAACUGGUUAUACCAACAUCCCAAAUAAUAGUUUAGUAACUGCCGUAGCCUUCGAUCCCGAGAUGCUUGAACACAAAUGUCUUUGUUCCAAUGCUCAUGAUUUAAGUAUUCAUCCUGAAUGUCCAGAUCGUUUAACUACUGCUUUGGAACGUCUUGUCCAUGCACCGCUUCGUAUACCUCCACAUAUGUCGUCAUAUGCAUCAAAUGAUUUAAUUGAAACUUUUAAAAUUACUGUCUUACAAGAUAUGCCUGAUUUACAACGUGAUUUUAAUCAAUUUCUUCAAAGUCAUGCAGAUAUUCCAAAAACUUUAGUUACUCAUUUACCUUUACUAGCAUUUUGUCGUUUAGUUCGUGCACGAAUGGCAACCAAGAAUGAAUUACAAAUAUUCCAUUCAACUGAAUAUGUUCAAACAUUUGGCACUAUUCCUACUGGUUCAAAUGAUGAUCGACCUUCGUCCAAUUGUUCCAAUGAAUCACCACCAUUAUCAGCUGUAUCUUAUGGAUCUCCAGCGGUUGAUUGUGGAUUAUCAUGUACUGCCACAAGUUUAUCAAAUCAUUUAUGUUCAUUAGCUUGUGGUGGUGUUGGUGUUGAUUCAGAUACAGUUUGGAAUCCGUAUAAAACAGCUCGUGCUGCUCGUUUAGCUGUUGGUCAAGUUUUAUGUCUUGCUCAUCAAGUAGCAAAACGUCAUUAUCGUAAUGGAUUCGCUAUUGUUCGCCCACCUGGUCAUCAUGCUGAACCAAAUCAAGCUAUGGGAUUUUGUUAUUUUAAUUCUGUUGCAAUAGCUGCACUGCAUUUACUACGUGAACGUAUUGUUUCCAAAGUUUUAAUACUUGACUGGGACAUACAUCAUGGCAAUGGAACAAAGCUUGCUACAGCACAUCCUGGACUAGUUUAUUUAAGCCUACAUCGAUAUGAUGGUGGAACAUUUUUUCCUGGUACUGGUUCAGUAUCCAAUCAUACCGAAGAGAAUCAAUCAUCACGAAAUAAUUCCUGUGAUAAUAAUGAUCAAACAUCUACUACUCCUUUUACUGAUAAUCAUAUUUCUUCAGAUAAAUUGAAACACUUAGAUGAUAACAGUGUUAAUCCAAAUAAUAAAUUUGGCAAUAAUUUUUCAAAUACAACAAUUCCAUCAGCUCAAUUAAUAAAUAUUGCAUGGGAAAAUCCUAACAAUCAUACAAAUGAUAAUAAUUAUACUGAAACACUAAGAUCACAAAUGAAACGUCGAUCAACUACAUCUACUAUUGAUCCCUCCUACAGUUUAAAUGCUGAUGAAAGAAGGAAACGAUGGUUUCAAAAUACUGCUAAUCGAUCGACUCAGGGUGAACUUUCAAUGUCUAUCAGAAGUAGACAAGAUUCCGAUACUAUGCCAUUUUGUACAUGUCUAUCAAAUAAAAUGACAAGUACGGGGAGUAGUCAAGUUUGUUCAUUCUGUUUAUCACAAUCAAUUGAAUCAUGCUCAGAUAAAUCAGAUCUAUUAUUACCUGAAACUAAUCUAAUUUAUAGUCGUAAUAAUAAUAAUUCAUAUCCUCAUUUUCAACGACAACAUUCUACACAACACCAACCACUAGUAUCGAACAUAUCUCACCAACAACAACAACCGGAUCAGCCAUCACUGUCUGGUAAAUCGAAAGAACCUUUAUUAGGUUUAAGUGAUGCAGAGUAUUUAGCUGCAAUGCGUUCUAUUGUUAUACCAGUUGGACAUGAAUUUCAACCUGAUAUUAUAUUGAUUUCAGCUGGUUAUGAUGCUGCUUAUGGACAUGGUGAAGCAUUAGGCGGUUAUUCUGUAUCAGCUGGUUUAUUUGCAUGGAUUACACAUCAGUGUAUGUCCAUAUCAAAUAGUCGUAUAGUUUUAGCAUUGGAAGGUGGUUAUUCUCCAUCAACUGUAGCUGAUUGUAUUACAUCAUGUGUAAAUGCCUUAUUACUCCCCGCUUCACAAUCACAUUGGAUUCCUGUAUUGAAUAAUGAACAAUCAAAUCAAUGCAUCGAUAUUAAUGGUGCUCAAGAAGCUUGGAUGAAUGCUGUCUAUUGGAUACCGAACUCAGAAUUGAUUCGUCCACCUAGACCGGAAGCUGUUGUCAAUUUAAUGACUACAAUUCGACAUCAUGCUAAAACUGGUUGGAAAUGUUUUACAAAUGUAUCGGAAGAAACUGUUGCAAUGUCAUUUUCUGAAGCUAUUCACAUGGAGCAUCAAUUAGUUGAAAUGAAUAAAUCAACUGAAUUCAAUUCAAUGAAAAGUAGAAGAUUAAGCGAUGAUAGUAUAUCAUCAUCAUCAUCAUCAGUAGUAGUAAAAGUACCAAUCACAUCAGCACCGUCCACAUCGACAACAGCAGCGCAUCGAUUUAGCAAUUCACAUUUAUCUGAUUAUAUGGCUAAAUUGCAUAUGGAUCAAUCUUAAACGUCAUAGCGCUCUUAUUUUCUCUUCAUUUAUCAAUAUGUAUUUAUGAUUAUGUGAUUUUGCUAUUGUCUCUCUCUCUCUCUCACUCGCUUAUAUUUUUUUUGCCAGAAAAUCAUGUUAAAUAUACAAAUGUAUUUAUUGAAUAAUUUAUCUCUUUUCUAAUUGUCGUUCUUCUUGAUAAUGUACAUUACCGAAGUUGUUUUGUAUUUAUUACUGUCACAUUGUUAUAUUACUAUUAUUAUUAUUAUUAAUAUCAUAAAUGAGUGAAUUAAAACGAUGUCCGUUAUCUGAUAUCGAACCCUAGUCAAUAGAUUUCUUUUUUUUCCUAUCUUAUACAAUCCUAACUGACACAUAUACAUGCUUGUGUGUGUCGGUUUUAACUGUCUCUCUCUGACUCACACAGACACACACGAUUUACAUUCAUUCAAUCUGACAUUAGUUUCCGUAUUCAGUCUAUGUGACUGACCAACCAAUUAUUAUCCUAUUAGAUUCUUAAUUGAGAUAAUCUAUUCGUCUAUCUAUGUAUUUGUCUUUUUUUAUAAUUUAUCCUCCAACAUACACUCUUAAGAGGGAUAUGUAGUUUUGAUUGCGAAUUUUCCAUUUUGUAAAUAUCUCGACAGAUCAUAUUGUUUAUUUUUUCUUUCUGAUUUCUCAGUUGAUCACUAAAGUUUUUCUCCUUGAUAUUCUUGACAUAUUCCGAUUAUUCGAGGUGGAUACUACUACAUGAAAUAAAUAUUCAAUCUCUGCAAUCUCUCUUGCUUUCUGUGAAUAAUGGUAUUUACACGUCUACUUAUUUAUUUAUUUAUAUAAAAAAUAUGUAUAAUGUAUGUUACAUAAUGAUUAUU